AUGGAUACCUCGUCUGACAGCUCAGAUCCUGAUGUUGCAUACGAAACAGUCACGCCAAAUGAAGUUGAGCGGCUAGUGGGCUUCCCCAAACAUGCUUCUUCGACUGAUUCGGAAGAUGGAAGCGAUCUUUCAUUCCAAAAUAGCGACAGCCUUGAGAAUGGCCUUCCUCCCCUCAAGCUUACCUCCAACUCUGAUCACUUGAAGAAUCCUAUUGUUUACCAGGACAAGCAGGUAGGAGAGCAACACUUAUAUGCACGCUCCAAAAAGUCUCCUUUACAGGAUAAAACCAAUGUAUAUGCAAACGAGCAAAAUCCAUUUAGAGAUGAUGGGCACAAAUUGGGCAUGGGCAAAAGGUUGCUGGUAUCAGACUUGGUCAACCACUUUGAUAAAGAGGCAUUUGCGGAUCCCAAAGUCAAGUUCAUCAGCCAGAGAAAUCAGGCUCGUCCGCUAUCACGCAUGCCGCCUGAGCUGAAAUUCGAUAUAAGCGAUGAUUCUUUGCCGAGCAGCAAUUAUAAAUCAUUUCCAGCAUAUGAUCCACCUGCUACUUCAUUUCAUCCAAAAGCGCUUCAACACCCUGCACCCAAUGAAGAUAGUGGAGACAUCAGCAGCAAUGUCAGUUCUGCAAAAUUAUGGCGACCAUCUCAAGAAUAUCAUCCAAGCUCCCAUCAAAAAGAGAAUGCCUGUCAUCUCAACACUACCACCACCAAAUAUCCCGUGACAUCAACUUUAGAACAGCAUCAGGGUAGUGAGUUGCAAGCCUCAUCCGAAUACUACCAUUUGCUAGUGGAAAAAGACAAAUUUGAUCUGCGCUACCAGAACUUGCUCUCCGAGCACAAUAGACUCAGAGAAAGAUUCCUGUGUAUGCAAGAGGAGAGUGAGAAACUAAAAGCUCUUUCACAAGCACUCAAUGAGGAAAGAAUACGUGAACUGAAACGGUACCAAGAGGCAAAAGGCUUCUACCAAUCGCUAGAAAAGAAGCAUGAUGAUGAAUUUGAAUUGCUAGCUAAAUUCAUCAGGAAUGCCUUCGAAGAUAUAAUAGGAGUACCGAUUGAUGGAUAUGACACACCGAAAAACAAUAAAUCUCACCACACCCAGUGUGUCAAACUUUUGGAAAUGCUGCGAGUUGCAAUCAGGACGAAAGAACGCAUGGAAGUGAAAAGUCACGCUUCUGACAUCCAGAUGCUCAGAAGAAGAAUGGAACAUAUGGAGCUGGAUUCCAGUGAGAUAAAGCAGCAGCUUCGAUAUGCUAGUAAAUGGCUUGAGGCAACCUACUGUUCUCUUAUAGGAAUAUUGGGGGGCAGUGUAUUUGUACCCGACAAAGAGGUCCUGCUCACCGAGAACAAUAUCCAGCAGAAAAUACAGAACGGCGCAGACAGAGAUGCCGAGUGGAUACACAACGGAGUCAUUGCUGCGUUGAUACGUGAGUUGAAUGAUAGAUAG